CAAGAACACGGAGAAAGAAGUCCUUCAUCCAUGAUGCAUGGAAGGCAGGUCAGCCCUCCUCCAAGUCUGCCUCAUUCACCCCCUAACCGAGUUCCUUCGGUCGGUCCACCCACUCAAGAAGAUCUGUGGCAUCUACCAGGAAGGCUGAGAAUUAACCCCUCUCUGUGGGAUAAGGAGGAUGUUGCCCACUGGCUCCACUGGGCUCAGAAGGAAUACUCGCUGAGGCGACCAGAGAAAGGGCGUUUCGAGAUGAACGGCAGAGCCUUGUGCCUUCUCACAAAGGAAGACUUCAGACGUCGCUGCCCCAGCUCAGGGGACGUUCUGUAUGAGAUCCUUCAAUGUGUGAAGCAACAAAGAAGGAGUGUUGUCUGUGAGCUUCCCACUUCCUCUCACUCUGUGGCACGUGGGCACGUUCAGGGUGUGGUCAGCUGCCAGGUACCCUCUCACUCUGUCCGAGAGCAGCAGUCUGUGGCACUCAGUGACCCGGCAGUGACUGCCGGUGUUCACGCAGCAGUAUCUCCAACUGUUGUGGCUGCUCUGAGCAGUCAACACAAGCUCCAGUCUCCUUCGAGAGAUCGCUUUCACCCUUACUCUCCUGUCUUCCCUCACAACACAGCGCUCUCCAUGAUGACACAAAACCAAGUUCAGUGUACUCCUCCAGCUGAAAGCGUCAUCCAGGAGCCUCUCAACCUGUCAAGUCGUGAGAAACCAAGAGGUCUAUUACACAAGGCCAACGGUCGCAUCCCAGAGUGCAGACUGCUCUGGGACUAUGUUUAUCAGUUGCUGUGUGAUGAUCAAUACCAAAGCUACAUUCGGUGGGAGGACCCGGACAGUCUUGUGUUCAGGGUGGUUGAUCCCAACGGGUUGGCACGUCUCUGGGGAAACCACAAGAACCGAGACAACAUGACCUAUGAGAAGAUGUCCCGCGCCUUGCGGCACUACUACAAGCUCAACAUCAUUAAAAAAGAGCGAGGACAAAAGUUGCUCUUCAGGUUUCUGAAACUACCACAAGACAUCAGGAAACAGCAGGUGGUUGCUGGGUCUACUGAGCACAGUCCGCUUCUGGACAGGGACUUCCCAGACAGCAGUCCUGUGCACGAGUUGGGUGAGGACCAUUUUGAAGUGUCACCUGAUCGGGCUUCUCCUCCGCCUCCCUCAGCUGGUGACCCAGUCCGAUAG